AUGUCGAGCACCUUUUUCGGAGCGCUUACACAGGGCGCCAAGUUCGGCGGUACCAAGUUCCAGAGGGACAAGCAGCAAUUCAAGCAGCUCACCAAAUGUCAGGGGCCGAAUAAAGCGACCAAAAAGACGGCGGACGUGAACGAGCUAGACUUUUUCGGCUUCGAUGCAGCCCCGAAGCCCAAGGAGAAGGCACCCAAACCUCAAAAGAUCAGCGUCGACAUGGUACCGGAGUGGGCAGGUAACGAUCCAUCCAGCAAGACGCGCAAGGUGAAUGGAAGUAAGCCUCGUCGCAAGCGCAAGCUGAGUGAAGGUGCGCUAGAAGAGCAGCGUCUGGAGGACGAGGCGCGACAGCAAGCGUCGCAGUUGCUCGCUCCGCCCAAGACUAAGACUGACAAGCGAAAGGAGAAGCGCGCACGUCGUCGGUCACGCACGGAAUCGAUGGGGAGUGAAGCAACAUCACAGCAGUCGGACGAGGAGUCUGAGGCAGCUAGUGACAGCGAUGAGGAGGAAGACGAGGCUGCUGUGACUCUAUUCAAGUCCAACGACGAGGACGCGGGCGAGGCAAAGACUGAUGCGAAAAUUGCAAAGAAGAAGAAGAAAGACACCAAGAAGACUGACAAAAAGAAUACUGCUGCUGCUGAACAGGACGGAGUUCAGAUGCUUCGACGUCAGCUUGGUAUUCGCGUGAGCGGCGUGAGUGUGCCGGCACCGAUUACGUCAUUCGCUGACAUGCGCUUGGACUCGAGUGCGAGUGCGCAGCAGAUGAAGCGUCUACUGCUCCAGAAUAUUGAGCGCUCCGAGUACAAGGAGCCCACGUCUGUGCAGAUGCAAGCCAUCCCAAGCUUGUUACUCCGACGCGACGUGCUGGCCACGGCGCCUACAGGCUCCGGUAAGACUGCAGCUUUUGCGAUCCCGAUCCUAGCGAACCUGGCAGCUGGUAGCGGAACAAGUAGCGGUAUCCGCUCGAUCGUUCUGGCUCCUACUCGCGACUUGGCGGUGCAGAUUCGAGCCGAGUUUACACGCCUCGCAGCUGGCAAGAAGUUGCACAUUACGCUGCUAUCUAAAGCUACAGCAGCGACCAUUGCGUCGCAAACCAAGAGCAAGCUGGCGGUUAACCACGACGUUCUGAUUGCCACUCCCCUUCGACUCGUACACUUGAUCCAAGAAUCGAAAGUUGAUCUGUCGACCGUUGAAAUGGUGUGUUUGGACGAGGCUGACAGACUGCUGGAGCUGGGAUUUGUGGAGCAGGUCGAUGAGAUUUUUGCUGCCUGUACUCACCCGAAGGUCCAGCGAGCCAUGUUCAGUGCAACAAUGCUGGAGGGGGUCGAGGAAUUGGCUCAAACUGUGCUACGUGACCCUGUCAAGGUGGCUGUGGGCACGAAGAAUGCUGGCGCUAGUACGAUCGACCAGAAACUGGUGUUCGUGGGCAAGGAGGAAGGAAAACUUGUCGCCAUGAAGCAAUUGCUACAACAAGGACUGCAGCUUCCGGCGCUGCUGUUUGUACAGAAUAAGGAGCGUGCCAACGAACUGUACCACGAAUUGCUGUAUGAUGGAGUGAAUAUUGGAGCUGUGCACGCAGAUCGCACCAAGGAGCAGCGUGACGAUGUGAUUCGACGAUUUCGUACUGGCGAAGUGUGGGUGCUCAUCUGCACAGACCUCAUGAGUCGUGGUAUGGACUUCAAGGCGGUCAACAUGGUCAUCAACUACGAUUUCCCGCAGAGCGCGGUGAGUUACAUUCAUCGUAUCGGUCGUACUGGUCGAAACGGACGCAAGGGCAAGGCUGUCACGCUCUUCACCGAAGAUGACAUGGUGUAUCUGCGUACGAUCGCGAACGUGAUGAAGAUAUCGGGCUGUGAGGUCCCCGACUGGAUGCUGUCGCUGAAGAAGGCUAGUGUAUCAAAGAGGAAGGAGCUUCUGAAGGCACCACCCAUGCGUCAUCGUAUUAACACGGUGUCGGGAUACGAUCUCCAGAGGGCAAACCGUCUGAAGCAGAUGAAGCAGGGAAAGACAACGCCCAAGAAAGAUGGGGAGCAGUCUGAGUCGGAUCCAGCUAAGCUGGAGGCAUCUGCGAAGACUGGAGAGGGCAAAAAGAAGCGUAAAAAACACAAGAAGAACCCCACGAACGAGUGA